UCAGUAAAAACGGGCCUCAGUAAAAAAGGAGCCCAGCGCUCUGACGUCAGGAAUCCUGGAAAAUUAAACACUCAGGACGUCUCGGUGGAAAGAAACGGUCAGUAGCAGUGGACCAGUAUGAGGCUCAGAAGUGUCUAUCGUUCCUCUGGGUUUAUUCUCGCCAGUUUAAUCCUUUGCUGUAUUUGCAGUGUGAAUGGAGACUACUGCGAGGUGAACUUGUGCGAUAAUGGAGGCACGUGCGUGACUGGCAUAGGACAGGAACCCUUCAUCUGCAUCUGUGCUGAGGGAUUUGCAGGAGACAUCUGCAACACCACGGAGAGCGGUCCAUGUAGCCCCAGCCCAUGUAAAAAUGAUGGCGAAUGUGAGGUGAUUGAGAAGUCUAGACGAGGGGAUGUUUUUAAUGGCUACGUCUGCAAGUGCCCGUCCGGCUUUGAGGGCGUCAACUGCCAGAUCAAUGUGAAUGACUGUACUAACCAGACUUGUCAGAAUGGGGGCAAAUGUCGAGACCUGGAUGGAGACUACACCUGCCAGUGCCCUUCGCCCUAUGUAGGCAAGAAUUGCCAACUAAGCUGUAUCUCUUUGUUAGGAAUGGAAACGGGGGGUAUUGUGGAGUCCCAGAUUUCAGCCUCUUCAGUAGACUUUGGCAUUCUGGGGCUCCAGCGCUGGGGUCCUGAACUCGCACGCCUCAACAAUCAGGGCAUGGUCAACGCCUGGAGCUCAGCUCCUCAUGACAAAAAUCCCUGGAUUGAGAUUGACUUGCAGAAGAAGAUGCGUCUCACUGGCAUCAUCACUCAAGGGGCCAGUCGCAUAGGGACAGCUGAAUUCAUCAAGGCUUUCAAGGUGGCCUCAAGCUUUGAUGACAAAGUCUACACAAUCUAUCGAAAUGAUGGCCAGAAGAAAGACAGGGUCUUUGUUGGGAACGUAGACAAUGAAAGUACCAAGACGAACCUCUUUGACCCCCCAAUUGUGGCCCAGUUCAUCCGCAUUAUCCCCGUGGUGUGCCGCAAAGCAUGCACCCUGCGCAUGGAGCUGAUUGGUUGCGAGCUCAAUGUGCUUUCCAGUGCGGUUGGUUGUGUUGAGCCUCUGGGUAUGAAGUCUCGUCUUAUCUCAGAUGGCCAGAUAUCAGCUUCUAGUGUUUUCCGCACCUGGGGUAUAGACGCAUUCACCUGGCUCCCCCAUUUUGCUCGCCUGGACAAGCAGGGCAAGACUAAUGCCUGGUCUGCAGACUUCAACGACCGCUCAGAUUGGCUUCAGGUGGACCUGGAGAAGCCGAAACGAAUCACAGGCAUCAUCACUCAAGGAGCCAAAGACUUUGGCGUUGUGCAGUUUGUGUCUGGCUUUAAGAUUGCUUACAGUGACAAUGGUCAGUCAUGGACAGUUAUAAAGGAACAACAAAGCAACAAAACAGACAAGGUUUUUCCAGGCAACAUCGACAACAACACGCACAAAAAGAACUUAUUUGAGCCGCCUUUCGUCGCCCGGUUUGUGCGCUUCCUGCCCUGGGAGUGGCAUGAACGCAUCACUCUGCGGAUGGAGCUCCUUGGCUGUGAAGUUUAGUGACCAUGUGGAGGAACAAAGGCCGUCGACCCCUCCGUUUGACCCCUGAUCCACUUCUCAUGCUCCUGCUUACCUGUGUACUACACAGGGGGUAGCACGGUCUCUGUUUGUUAGUGCGUUUAGAGUAAACUGUACUGACUUUGUAUUGUCUUGAUGGCUUUAAGUCUAUAACAGAUUCAGAAUUACAUAACAGUUUUCCUUUUUCUAUCCUCCUAAUGCUGUUAAUAUGCUUCUAAUGUUAAUACUUGCACUUUCUACCAAUUUUGUACUGUAUGUUGUUGACGUUGCUGAAGUUACCACCUGAAGAAAGUAGUAUGAACUUUUAUCUAAUGAAAGAAACAUAUUACAGUUAUGUUAUGAUACUCAGCAACCAUGUACUCAUAAAAAUUAAGGUUCCCAUAAGGGUUCUUUGGAGCAGUACCAUAGAAAAAGUAUUUUUUGUUCCCUAAAGAACCUUUCAGUCCUUGUACAAUGCUGUAAAACCGCUGCUUUCGAUUCCCUAAAGCAUCAUGUAAAUAUUAGAUGUGUGAAGAACCUUUUAAAGAUUUAAAGAACACAUAAUGUAAAUGUUCUUAACCAGUUUGAGGGUUCUUGCUAGAAACUUUAUAUUAUGUGUAGGUUCUUUAAAUUUAAAAAGUUCUUCACACUUAAAUCUCUCAUUUACAAAAGCAGUUCUUUAAAGAAAGCAGUGCUUCUCAAACCAGUCUUCAGGGUCACCCAGAGGUCCAGAAUUUUGCUUCAACAUAACAUGCAACACAAAAAAAAUGUGGACCCUCAUGGGGGUCCCUGAGGACCACUUUGAGAAGCACUGCUUUAGAGAAUGAAACUUAGUUCUUCUAUUGCAUCGCACAAAGAAGCUUUCUGAAACCUUUAAGAUUAAUUUUCAGUCUUUAUGCUAAAAGUUUGAGAUAUGGAUGCUUCGACCUAAAGGUGCCUCAAGCAUCCAAAAUUGACCCCCUGCAAUCAACGUGGUGUCCAGUGACUCCUUGCUUGUGGUUAUUUUUACCUUUAGAUAUUAAAGAGUUUUAAAACUCUUUUAUGAUGUUUGUAAUCAGACUAUAAAGUCAGGGAUUGUGCAAUAAAUGGAUAGAAAACAACAAAUAAAUAUUGUAAAAGAGUUUGAUCAAGAAAGGGAGAAGCAAACAAUUGGUAUUAUUAUUUUAACUAGUUGAUAGGUCUCAAAAAUGUCUCAACAUAUUACACUGAAGCAGCAACGUUUGCAUUAUUAGCGCCUGUAUUUCUAUAUUUCUGUUCUUUUUAGUAUGUUUUCUAAUUUAGACUUCAUUUUAUUCCUUUUUAUUUAUUGACAGUUUCAACAACCAAAUUCAGUCUGAACUGUAGAUUGUUUGUUUUUUUUCUACCUUUUUGUAAAAUACGUCAUUAAUAAAUGAUUUAAGGACUCUCCUCGUA